AAACCAUGAAUAAUAAAAUAAGCGUCCGAGGCGAAGGUACGAGCAUUGCUCGGCGUCGGUUCAAGCUCCUGCUGCUCCUUGCUUCGUGUCUCCUCUCUCUAGAAUGGCCGACGCAUACUGGAGAUACAGCGACGCACGGCAGCCGCCGAUUUCUUCUCUCGUCGGAAAACGGCCCCGUUCCGAAUUUGAUCUCCCUGGCAGCCAUGAAUUAUCCAGUUAUUAUACCCGUGAUGAUGAAAGAGGAGCACACCGUGCAAUUAGAGAUCCCGUGAUUAGAGAUACUGACUCUAUUGGAGCAUCCUAUGAUCGCUACCUGCGUAGUGCACAACUUUCAUCUUUUGGUGGAGGGGAGUCUGGCAGACCCUUGAGUGGUGGAAUGACUGGUCCCCCUGUUGAUGAUCCACGUAUGGUGGGUAUUGGGGCUAUGGACUCUGGGGCAGCUGUUAAAGGCCGGGCCUUAGGUUUUGGAGGUGGAAGGACAGAUAAUCCCCUCCCUGCUGAUGCCUCUAGUACCCUAUUUGUUGAGGGCUUACCUGCAAAUUGUACCCGGCGGGAAGUAUCUCAUAUCUUUCGUCCUUUUGUUGGCUACAAAGAAGUAAGGCUUGUGAGUAAGGAAUCAAGACAUCCUGGGGGAGAGCCGCUGGUGCUCUGUUUUGUAGAUUUUGCCACUCCAGCCCAUGCUGCGACUGCAAUGGAUGCCUUGCAAGGUGAGCUAGACAUUUUGCCUUUUUCUCCUUAUUUGUUUUUGGAAAUCUUGGUUCCAAGCGUCCUGUUUAAUUCUCUGAAUGAUGCCUUGGAGGAUGUAACUGUAUAUGUCUUUUUUUUUUAACUAUGUUAAUUUAAAUUUUUUAUGGGUACAUAAUAUUUAUGGUGAAUGUAAAUCUGUGUUUGUGCAGACCUAAUCUUUAACUUGCUAUGAUAAUCAUGUUCAAUACAAGUCAUUUAAGUGGUGGUAAUUACUUACGUGUUUCAGUAUGGGUGUGGGUCCUAAUUCAGUUUAUCAUGGCAGUCCAAUACAAUGCUGGAGAAUUUUUUGGCAAUAAAUAAUAAGUGAUGUUUAACAAUUUAAGAAGAAGAAGCUUGAAAUGGUACGUACUGGAUUAAUAAUUUAUUAUAUUUGAGAUUAGGACAAACUCUGGUACUGCUGUUGUGGACUCGCAAUCCAAGAGUCCCCCAUAGUAUAUGUGCCUUGUGGUGAAUAUAGUAUGCUCCAUUAUGUUUUCUUUGUAGAAUCAUGAGUUUCAGUUAUCCACCAUGGUAGAUUGUUAAUUUGGUACUGAAAUUCUGCAUAAUAUUUAAAUUUUCAACAGGAAGCUACUUUCUUCCUUACCCUAGCCUCUUUCCACCAUGGCAGAUUGUUAAUUUGGUACCGUAAUCCUGCAUAAAUAUUAAAACUUUCAACAGGAAACUACUUUCUUCUUUACCCUAGCCUCUUUGAUAGGUAAAUUCUUAAUCAUGUCCAAUUAUUUUUAAUUCUAAACCAGGGUGAAAUCCAAAUUCCAUUUUGUGGUAAUUUAAUCCAAUUCAAAAGCUGUUAUUGUUUAUACACAUUGAAAGCUAGCGAGAGAGGAAGCUUUGGCUUGGAAGAGGUGAGGAGGGAGACGUGACAAUCUUAUUCUAGCAUGGUGAUUUCAUUUGUUAUUUGCAGAACUGUGGUGGUGGUUUAGUUGUUUUCCUAGUAGAUUGAAAGUGUCCUAGUAGUUGGUAAUGAACAUCCUUUAGUUGAGAAAUGUCCCUGGUACACUUAUAUUUUCUCUAGAAUGAAAGAUAGCCAUGGCGAGGAAUGCUAGAAGGUUAUUCACAGAACUUGAUAGUAUUCAACAUAUGACUUAAGAACAUGCCACAUGAUAGUAAAUGCAGAAAACAUUAGCGCUACACAUUUGAAGUAAACAUGUUCAUGCGUAUAAUGGGGACUGAAAAAUCCUUGCCGAUAUUAUUGAGCUUGUUUAUCUUGCUAUAUUGUAUGUUACUUUCAUGUAACAAGAAGAGAUAGACAUCAAUAAGCAAUCUUAUUUCUAUUUACUACUAGCCGUAUAUCAUUAUAAUUGCAAUAUACAAGAUGAAAUAGAAUAAUUUAAAAAUGUGACUAGCAAAUUGUUUAGGGGGGGAAUAAGAAUGUAAAGAUUCCAUGUGAAAAAAUGAUCUGUUUUUGCAACAUGAAGUACCUUAGGGAUCCCAAUAUCUUUGAAUAUUGAAAGACUGUUUUAGGUCUUUUCAAAUUAAUUUUUCUGCGGCUUGAGUUGUUAAAAGUUAAGUGAGAAGUUCAGUGUGUUUUGAAGAUACAUCUCUUCUGGGAGAGAAUUGUUGAGCUCAAACUAACUCGAUAGUUGUGUUUGAAAAUUCAGUUAAUGAACAGUUCCCCGAUAAUUACUGAGUUAUUGCUGGAGGAAAACAAUAUGAAAAUACAUGUCGAUACUCUACGUUGCUCCUUAGUUGAUUUAAGGGAAUUCUAAAAAUAAAGGACAUUACACAGGAUUGACAUGCUAAUUGAUAGUUAUAUAAUAUUAUAUUUAAAUAUAUUACUAAUGGCAGUUAAUAAAUCAAUAAUAUAAUAAUAUUUAUAUAACUGUACUGUAAAAUCGAAUAUAUAUACACAUGAAUCUUUUUGUUUCUAUUUUAUUUUAUAAAAUUUCUCAAUAUAUUCCUUUUUUUGUUGUAAAAAUUGACGAGUUUUUUAUAGUUGUUUUUUUGUAUUUUUUCAAAACUCACACUUAAUGCAUUUUAGCUAUUACUCUUUGAUUAUCAUUUUUAUGAAUAAAGUAAAAGCAAGUUAUGUUACAAAGUAUUAUCAUACAGCUGAUGUGUUGUCAAAAUAAUAUGAGUGGAGUGUCCAGAGUGUGUCAAAUGAGUGUAGAAGUGUCAAGUGUCUAACAUUUAUAAUGCACGUUAUGGCAUUAAAAUUGUUGACAAUUUCGAAGUGUUGCAUGCGUGUAGGAGCAUUUGUAGGCUGUUGGUGUUCCGGCACACCCUUGUAGAAGUGUCAGUGCUACAUAGCGCAUCACCGAAACUACUAACACAAUUUUGUAGUUUUUCCAUGAUAAAAUAGAAGGGUCUAACCUUUUCAGCUUUGUUUGACCCUGCUACAUUUUACUUUGUUACACAGUGGGUGCGAGCAGAUUUUUAGAAUUUAAGGCCAGUUGGAGUGUUUAAAAGGUUCAUUAGGGCAUCCCACACCAGCCAUGCAGUUUUGGGAUUGAUAACAGUGUUGUCAAUGUACCUAUCUUUAUGUCUAAUUUCACCUUUUUAAUCUGCCAUGCCCAGAGCAGUGUCUGAAUGAAGCUAAGUAGUGGGUGGAAUAUGCACAUUCUCGCAAUCUGUCUCUGGCCUUUAUAAAGCCUGGUGGCCACCUUAUGUAAAGCCUUUCUCUUAGCCCCUGCCUCUAGGAGAAACCAGCUAUCAUUCCUUUUUCUUAUGUCAGGCAGUAGCAUUCUGUUUUAUUAGGAAAGAAGCAAUGGGUCAUGGAAGUAGCAUUGCUAUUUAGGUUGUAUUAGGAAUUGAUUGCGGACAUUGGUCAAAGUGUGUUUCAAAUUUUUGUAUUUUAGUGAUAUAUGGGCGCCUAAUAUCAUCUCUUUGUUGAUGUCCCUAAUUCGCCGUUAAGCGUGGUCAGUUGCGCAGCGUAAAAUAGACACACUCAAUUUUGCAGGUUAUAAAUUUGAUGAGCAUGACCGAGACUCGGUCAAUUUAAGGCUCCAAUUUGCUCGCUAUCCUGGUGCGAGGUCAGGUGGCGGGCAUCGUGGCAAGCGUUGAGUUAUGCGGUUUUUGCAGGUGAUAAAUGCUAUUUCCCAUUCGUUCGAACCUUCAUUAUUACUGGCCGUUAGGUUCAUUACGGAACGAUGAAUCACGCUAAAAUGUGGAACAACAAUUCUCUGUAGGACCCACUGAAUCAGGAAGAUUUACGAUAAUGAGGGACGGUACAACGGCCUUGCGGUUUACACAAAUAUUCUAAUGGACGCUUUUGUUUAAGAUCGUAAUGAUUUGGGUGGGAUUUCGGUGAUUGAGGGACAAUUACUAGAGCUUUGGGAGUGUUUGCGUUUCUGCUUGAACUGUUAAAACUCUAAUCCUAUUUACUUUCCCAAGUAGUGGAACAUAGUGAAUGUUGAUUCACUGUGCUAAAUUCUAAUCUUAUUUACUCGUUUGUAUUUUGUGCUUAGGAAUUUAUAUAUUCAGACCUUUAUUGUUUGAUGAUGAUA